AUGAAGGCCAAGCGCGGGGCCGCCAGCCAAAAGCGCGCCGCCAAGAGCAAGCGACCCUCUGGCAGCGGAUUUGCGUCAAAUCCUCGCAGGGGGUCGGAGAAGGAAGGUGGCAGACCGAAAGACGCUGCGAAAGCCACCGUCGUAGAAUCCGCGUCCGGCGCCACCGGCGACGCAAGCCCACACCGCGCUCUCGUUGAUGGGCCCGCUUCGGCAACAAUGGAGGAUCCCGCCAAAGUUGACCCGCUCGACGGGCCCGAUAAGGCACUCGUCCCGAUUCCGAGUUUGACAAAGGACGACAUUGCGAGUCUCCGCUUUGACAGGAAAUUGUCGUUGGACGAGAUGAUCGAGCGCUUCGAGGACGCUAGAAGAGGGGACACUUUUGCAGCUACCGUUAUAGCGAAUAGGCAUUUUGUAUCGGAGAAACUGCUGUAUCGGUUUACUAGUGCCAUUCUGCAGGUUGAGAGUAGGACCGACAGGGCCGAGACGAAGGAGGAAGAGGCCGCCAAUAUGAGGCAAUUUAGACAAGAUUUGAUAGCCCAUUGCUGGAGCAACGAUUAUCCGCUUAAGGUUGAGCUGCAGCGUGCGGAGGGCAGAUUACUGCGUGUGUUACAGGGGGACAGCAUCAAGAACGAUGUGAGGCGCAAUUGCGGGACAACCACGCUCCAGGUCGACGCGUUCUGGAUUGUUGUUUUUGCGGCCAUUGCGGCGUGGGAGGAGCGCGGAAAGGAGAAUCCAGAAUUGGUAAACGUCGACAUGCAGAAGGCUCUCACGACUUGUGCCCAGGCUUGUCGUACGUUAGAUGAGGUGAACAAGCGGUUGAGCCCCUCUCUGGCGGCAGUUCAGAAAAUUCUGGAGUCCGCUGAUCCUAACGUGCAGCAAGAGGUCGUUGCAGAGCUUGAUGAUGACGAUGUCGCGGACAUGAGCUCGUUUGCAGAGCAAGUAAGGCUUUUCCCUAGUGGGGCCUAUGGCGCUUUGGUUGUUCGUAUGUCAUCAAUUCUGGACUAUAUUAUGGCCGACAAGUACGGAAUUGCAGCUGUUGGCCUUCAACCCUUUCGCUUUGAAGUUCCAACGAAAGAAAUCGAAUCUAAGCUGGUGACCUUCGCGAAGAAUAGUCAAAAGAUUCGAAGAGCAAGAUGA